AUGUUUGAUGCCUCUACAAAAAUUAUAUGCUUUAAUAAAUAAUUUAUUUAUUCAUUGUCAAUUUUCUCACUUUUCUUUUCCUUUACCUUUGAUAACAAUAUGUAUGAAGCAUUAUAAUAAGUAGUCAUUUUUCGAAGAUAAAUUUUGUGUAUGAGAUCAUUUUUCCUGUCCCUUUCUUCUAUACGAUUAAGUCAAGUAAAUCGCCGUCACCUAUUUGAUUAGUCUACAGACUAAUUAAUUUAUUCAUUUUUAUGUUUUGCAUAAAUUAAUUAUAAAACCAUUAUUACAAUCAUAAUUAACUCUCUAUAUUACUUUGCUUGCUUUUUUAUUAAAUCUUAAAAAAAUAAACUAAAAAACCAUUUUCUAUUAGAACAAUUUCUUCUUUCGUCAUUUAUUAGAACAACCCUAGUGAUUCUUCAAUUUAUACGCCAUUUUUAAAGCUCGAUGGUAUUCUUUUUCAUUAUUUUAUUUUGUAAACUCCUUUCAGUAAAUUGUGAAUCCCUUGAAUAAAAAUUGAUAGAAAAUACUAAAAUGGCGUAUUUGGAAUGUAAUUGA